AUGAGCCUGUCCGCCAGGCGCCCUAGUCGCCUCGGAGGCACCAAAUCCAAGAACGGGUGCGACACAUGCAAAAUUCGCCGUGUGAAGUGUGGCGAGGAGAAGCCAUGCUGCCUGAGAUGUACGGGUACAGGACGGCGGUGCGGCUAUAGCACUGGUUUCCUCCAAAAGACUAUUGGGCGGCCCCAGCUGGCCAUCACGUCCGUUACAUACCAUGGAUCGCGAGAGCGUCGUGCAUUUGAAUAUUACUUCUACAAUGCUGGCCCAUCGCUCUCAGGAGACCUCGACCAGGCUUUUUGGAGUGGUUGGGUCCUUCAAGUCUGCCGGACACAGCCAGUAAUUUGGGACGCGAUCAUCUCGCUCAGCGUGCUUUACGAACGACCUCCCAUUCACGAGACGCCGCCGUGGGUGCUUAUGAAUGGCCCAGCUGCGGUGCGAGAUCGGCACCAUCGUGAAGCGUUGGUUUGGUACUCGCGCGCGCUGGCUCUCCUACAGCAACGUAUUAAUCAGAGAACGGCAGAUCUGAUGGUAGCCUUGACCAGCUGCAUCCUCUUCAUUGCUAUCGAGCUCCUGCAGGGAAAUGUUAAAGCUGCUCUUAUCCUGUACAAACAAGGCGCCCAACUGAUUGUUGGUGCUGCACCAACAGCAGCAUCUACCAUCGCCACCCUCGAGCCUAUCUUCCGCCGUUUGGGAACAUGGGUCUUCAUCGCCAAUGGACUGUCAGAAGAGACCUGGGAUCUUUAUUUGGCCGUUCCAGACGAGCGCUUUACAUCGAUUGCAGAGGCAAGAAACAUCCUGUGUAGCAUCGUAGUCGACAUGAAGGCCCUCAACAUUGAUUCCAAGGCCUAUCUACGCCGAACAGCAGAUGGGCGACUUCUCGAGAUAUCAGAGCUGGUGGCUAGACAACAGCGCCUCAAAAACCGUCUCGCUCAAUGGUACCGCCUCUUUACAUACCUGAAGUCUAUGCAUGGCUCGAACGUUGACGGCGCGACCGCUCUUCUUCUGAUGAUAUACACCAGCGUCUUCAUCGAAGCAGAAGUCAUGCUGAAUCCGCACCCAGGUGCAUAUGACGCCUACGAAUCUGAAUUUGCCCAGAUCAUUGACUUGGCCCCCGCCGCGGUGACAUGGACACGCGGCUCGGAAGGGAAGCAACCGGGAUUCAUGUUUGAGAUGGGCGUGUUUCUCCCACUAUUCAUCACAGGUCUCAAAUGUCCGUUCCCCGAGCUGCGCCGUCAAGCAUUACGGUACAUGGGCGAGGCACCCCCGGUACAAGGACUGUUCAUGUGCGCUCCGACCGCUCAUAUUUUGGCCGUUCUUAUUGCGCUAGAAGAGAAUCCCGGCGUCCUGCCAGGACAAGCCUCUCAAGUAUAUGAUCUGCUGGCCAAGCCGGGACAUGUCCCACCAGCCCAAUACCGGAUAUGUGAUUUCAGUGUGUCAUCAGUUCUGGGCGAGGAGGGCAAGACGCGGAACUGGUUGAACUAUACACUCCACCACUUUGACGAAGAGGGGAGGAUACAGCUCGUAGAGAAAAUGAUGGCAUUCCCCUGGGUCGGUUCAUGA